AUGCCCGCGGGCGCAGGCGUUUUUUGUUGGCGUUUUAAUUUCGUCGAAUGGGUCUCGGUCCCCGGACUCUCACUCCAUCCGCCGCUGUUGCUGCUGCUGCAGCUUUUUCCUCCCCGCGCGCGCGCGAGAGAGAGAGAAAGAAAGGACGAGAUCUUUGAACAUUCUCGUUCUGUCCUUGCUCGCGGGGCGGGGCUGGGGCUGGGCUGGCGAGGGAGGGAAGGAGGGAGGGAGGGUGGGAAUUCAUUUAUAACGUCGUCGGAGAGGCAGUGGCAGGCAGACAGACCUUCUUUUCUCGCUCGCUCGCUUGCGGCCUGUAGAGAGGAACAGGGCAGAGCAGGAGGCGGAAGGGGCCGGGGGGCACAUUAA